GGAAGGGCCAAAAUGGCGGCGGGCGGGGAACUUUUUAUUAUUUUUUAGGGCGAACAGCGCACGGUGAGUUUGGCGGUUGCCUAGCACAGCGUGGGCCUUCGUGGCGGCAAGCAACACUGAGGCGAAGAGGCAGAAAAUUUCAGUAAUCCUUGGCUGUUAAUGAUGAAACAACUCUGCAUAAAGUUACUUUUGCAUCAGAGUUCGUAGAUGAAACCCAAGCAAUUGUGUUGUAUAUAUCUGUAUUUGUGGAGUGAUACAAUUUUGACUAGUCAGCUUACAUGUGUAAAUCACUACGUUACUGCAUUAGCCACUGCCUCUACGCAGCAAUGACAAGACUGGAAGAAGCAAACCGAGAAGUGAGCAUGCAUUCUUCUGUCCGGUAUUUGGGCUAUUUAGCUCGAAUGAAUUUACUGGUUGCAAUAUGCAUGGGCCUCUAUGUCAGAUGGGAGAAGAAUGCAGAUGCACUAAUACUUGUGAUUUUUAUCCUGGCUCUUUUUGUUCUUGGAAUUGCUAGUAUACUUUAUUACUAUUUUUCAAUGGAAACAGCGAGUUUAAGUCUUUCUAAUCUUUGGUUUGGAUUUUUACUUGGCCUUCUCUGUUUUCUUGAUAAUGAUGCUUUUAAGAAGAGUGUGAAAGAAGAAGCAACCCAAUAUUUGCUCCUUUCCUCAAUCAUUAUAAGGAUAUUGCAUGCUUUAGUGGUGAGAAUAUCUGGCUGUAUCCAUCAUCGACCCACUCUUCUAACAAUGGUUGAGUUCCUGGAACUGGUUGGGUUUGCAAUUGCCAGCACAACUAUGUUGGUCCAAAAAUCCAUGAGUAUUAUCUUGUUGGUUGUGGCUUUAGCAAUGCUCAUUAUCGAUUUGCGGAUGAAGUCUUUCCUUGCCAUUCCAAAUUUAGCAAUCUUUGGCAUCCUGGCCUCAGUAUUGUUUUUUCCUUCCUUAGCAAUACCCACAAAUCCAUUUGCCUUGGGAUGCUUUUUUAGCUGCCUAAUCACAGACCCUCUUCUUGAUGUGUACUUCAGUGGACUUUCAGUUACAGAACGUUGGAAACCCUAUUUGUUUCGUGGGAGAGCCUGUCGAAGAUUUUCAGUCAUCUUUGUUGGACUUAUUGAGCUUGUUUCUUUCAUAUUAUCGGCCUUCAAGCUUGGUGAUUUGGAUCUUUGGUAUUUUGUGAUACCAGGGUUUUCGAUUUUUGGAAUUUUCUGGAUGGUCUGCCACAUCAUUUUUCUUAUAACUCUUUGGGGAUUUCAUACAAAAUUGAAUGACUGUCACAAAAUCUACUACACGCAUAGGACAGAGAAUAACAGCCUUGAUAGAAUCAUGGCAUCUAAAGGAAUGCGUCAUUUUUGUUUAAUUUCUGAGCAACUUGUAUUUUUCAGCCUUCUUGCAACAGCGAUUUUGGGUGCUGUAUGUUGGCAGAAAUCCAAUGGAAUCUUCAUGAGUGUGUUUCUGAUAGUCUUGCCACUUGAAUCCAUGGCUCAUGGGUUAUUUCAUGAACUGGGAAAUUGUCUGGGAGGAACAUGUGUAGGAUAUGCAGUAGUGAUUCCUACCAAUUUCUGCAGUCCUGAUGGCCAACCAACCCUUCUUCCACCUGAGCAUGUACAAGAGCUAAACUUAAGAUCAACAGGCAUGCUUAAUGACAUUCAAAGAUUCUUUUCAUAUCAUAUGAUUGAGACUUACGGCUGUGACUAUUCUACAAGUGGACUUUCUUUUGAUACCCUUCAUUCCAAACUGAAAUCUUUUCUUGAAGUUCGGACACCUGAUGGACCCAGACAUGACACCUAUGUUCUGUACUACAGCGGCCAUACUCAUGGCACUGGGGAAUGGGCACUAGCAGGUGGCGAUGCAUUACGGUUGGAUACGCUUUUAGAGUGGUGGAGAGAGAAGAAUGGCUCUUUUUGUUCACGACUUAUUAUAGUCUUAGACUGUGAGAAUUCUCAGCCUUGGAUUAAGGAAGUAAGAAAAGUCAAUGACCAAUAUAUUGCAGUACAAGGAGCAGAGCUGGCCAAAGUGGUGGACAUUGAUGAAGCAGACCCUCCACGCCUUGGCGACUUUACUAGAGAAUGGGUGGAAUACAAUUGUAACCCUGACAGUGACAUCAAUUGGUUUGAAAAGGGUCGAACCGUCAAAGCCAUGUAUGGAGUGUCAAAACAAUGGAGUGACUAUACUUUACACUUGCCAACAGAAAGUGAUGUUGCCAAACACUGGAUGAUGUAUUUUUCCCGUAUCACCUAUCCUCUAAUUCAUCUGGCAAACUGGUUCUGUGGUCUUAACCUUUUUUGGAUCUGCAAGGCUUGUUUUAGGUGUUUGAAAAGGUUAAAAAUGAGUUGGUUCCUUCCUACAGUAUUGGACACAGGACAGGGCUUCAAACUUGUCAGAUCUUAAAUUAAGAACCAAAGAUGAGCAGGAGCUCUUAACAUAUGACUGACUUGUAACAGUUUAUGCUGUUGAAGGAAACUUGCUGCUUUUUGCAGCAGCAUCCCUUUUUGUUCAUUACAUUGAGCAACAGUAUAUGCAAAGGGUUAAAUUCCAUUAGGCAACCAAGAACAGCAUUGUUCCUGAGUUUGAUUGAAGUUCUGUAAAAGCCAUUAAGUAUGACCAUGUUUCAGAGACGAGUUCGUAUGUUCAUAUGCAUUAGAGCUGACUGAGGGCUAAAUAGGCAAAUUCCUUAUUCCCCCUCCCCCUUCAUUGUGUUAUGAAUACUUUUAUGUGGCAGACAUAUCCUAUGCAAAAAUCAUUUCUACUUUUGGAUCACUCCAGUAUUACCAUACUUUGCAUUGAUGGGUUUCAAGGCUCCAUAAAUCCACGCCAGAUAUAUACCAGCAAGCACUCCAGUUUGUGUUUUAAGAGAAUACAAAAAUCAUAGGGUUUAUUGGAAUUUCCAUGUGAAUGUGUUUAAAACUGCAACUUUAUAACGUACUGGGGAGUCAGUGCCAUUACCAGAACUUAUUUCAAGGCAGGUGUAAUUAGGACGGUAACUAUAGUGAGUUAAUUUUGGAAACUAUACCUGUGGCAGUAUCAGAGUACUCAGUGGUCCAGACAAAACCUUGGUAGGCAAGCUAUUGAAUUUGGUGUUGUGAAAGGUGACUGGGUCUCAAAUUACUGUUGUCUUGACCUGCUGUCAUGCUUUCAUGGAGUGAUAACAAUGUGCUGAAUUAUAUUUUAAUUCCAAAACUAAACCAAGUUAUCUGUAUUUGUAUGUACUGAGACAUUAAAGGGGAUAUAUCUUGGGAAUGCCUUCUGAGGCUUCAAAAUCUUACCUUAAUCCAGUUAAUUACAAAGCUUGUGGGGGGGGAUGUCUAAAGUAUUUGCUGAGAAACAGGUUUCAGUGAGACUGUAAUUGCCUUUUGGACACUUCUAGAAGUUGAUUUUUUAACUAGGUCUAUUUAUGCCACUGGUGUUAGGACACUGCUUGAAGUGCCCUUCAUCUAAAAUCAUUGUGCAUUAGAAUCCUGUAACUUGAACUUCCUUUAUUAUGAAAGUCAAACUGGCAAGUUACAGUCCUUUUUCCCCCUCUUCUCUUCUUGCAAAUUCUAUCAGAAAUAUUGCAUAAUGGAAGUGCAUGUCAGUUAAAGGGAUAAUUUAUAAUAUUCAGAUUUUUGUUUUAGCUUUUUAAAUAAGAAUUUAUUUUCUAAUUAUUUCUGUAUUUCAGCUUGAAAGUUUUUGUCAGUCUUUAAAGUAUGUAUUCAGCUGUUUGGAUAUGAGAAUUGUUCUUGUUGCAUUAAAUUACCUAAUAGAAUGUUUAUUUUUAGAAGAUUUUUUAAAAAUAAUGCUGAAGCCGAAACCAGAAUUAAGAUAACCUUACUAACCUUCUCUUCAGUACAUCAUGGCUUCUACAGAUUCAGGAAUGAUGGUAGCUUCCCCUCCCACUCUCUUGAUGCAUAACCUAUCCCUUAUAGCAGUACUGCUCUUCCGGGAUGUAUAGUCCUGAAAUAUAUGUUUACACGCAGAGAUAAUCAGAGGGGCACAUGAAAUCAACCGCAGGUUGUGGAAUGUAAAGAAUCAUAAAUUGCACUUUUUUGAUCAUGAAUAAAUUGUACUUGAGGUGUGACCACAAGUUAUACUUGAGAUAAAGAUCAAAAUGUGUAGUUGCAUCUUGGUUGACAAAGUGCUAGAAUUUGAACCAACACCAUUAAUGUAAUAGAUCUCAUCCAUAUGUUAUCUGCAGGCAUGUGGACCAUCCUGAAUAAGGUUAUUUUGUGUUCUGUUGAAUGUCCAUUAUUGUUGUAUUCACUGUAUAGAAAGCUGAAAGCAUUGUUGAAAUUCUGGUAUAGUUUCAGCGAGUCUGUCUGUCCAAAUUAUAAGUUUUAAGGACAUAAAAUUGCCAAACACAAAAAGACCCUAAAUAGAUUAAAAGCGAUCUUCUGAUGUUCAUUCAGUAUAACUUCAGAAUGAAGUGUUCUGUGCAGAGAUUAUCUUGAUUCUUUAAAUUUCUGUACUCAUUUUGUUUUAAUGUGCUAAUGCUGAUGUCUCACAAUAGGUUACAUUUAAUUGGAAUGCAGAUUGAUAAAGAGUUCCUGCAAAAGAAGCAAGCCAUAUCCUAUCUCUUGCAAUUGCACUUUCAUACAUUCUCACUUCUUUGGCUAUGUAGUGAAGCCUUUCUCAGCCUUGAAAAGUGGAUUUUUGUAACUGUCAUUGUGCUUCCUCUGGGGUAUAAAGUGCUAAACUGACUGAUGCCGAGCUCACCUUGAAAUUAAAAGAGUUUAUUGCCUAUGUUGGAUGAUGCUACUCUAGAAAA